AUGCCCAUGAAAAAGGUGGAAAUUGCCUCAAAGAUUGGCCUGAACCAAGUACCGUUGAUCGGCGUCAACUAUGAAGACGAAUUCCGAUCAAUCGAAGUUCGCCCGACUCGAGUUUGCGGAGUUCCCAGCGACGAAAGUUUUGAAUUUAUUCCUCAGAGAUACAGGGAAAAUGGCGUCGAAAAAAUUGGGCUCAAAAUUGUAGUUCAUCGUGUCACCGUUGAUCCGGAAACCUACUCGACCAAGGGCCAAAGAUGUCUGAUUCCCGUUGUCGACAUUGCUCAAGGAGGACUUCGAAAAAGUGGCCCGCUGCUCAACUCGAAUCGCCCCACAAUGAUGCACACGACUGAUAGCAACAACGAGUACACUUGCCGCUCCUACGAAAUUGAAUACUCUCGCGACGCCGACUCGCUGAAAAAUCAAAAAUUUUCAAUGCCCUACAAUCGCGUUCAGUACCCGCGCUACGAAACCUAUUUUCACGACAUGCGAAAGCGAUUCAGCGGCUAUUCGAACAAGCUUUUCAACUCGACUCUGGUGUUGUUUGCUGAAACUACGCUGCGUGACCGCUUUUACAAGGACAAAACUUUUGACCAAGAGACCGCCAACGAUCAAGUCCGCCGCAUCCUUGGCCAAUUUCUUCCGAUUGAGCAGUACGAGCUAGAAAAAAUGACCGAUUACGAUUUGCGAAGGUUCACCGAAAGCGUAAAAACAGUGAAACUUCGCCAGCAAAAAAUCGGCUGUUGUGCUUUCACCGCAGAUCGCCUCGAGGAUUACAUUGGUCGCCUCGAUGCCGAGCGCCGGCGCAGACGUGAGCUCUAUGUUGCAACUACUGGUGGCGGUGGAGAUGUUGAAUUCGACUACGCGGUUUCACCUUUUCGCGUCAAAUGUUGCCGCGAAAAAAUUCCCUGGAACGGUGUGCUCUUUGUCACUGGCAACAAUGGAAACGCCUCGCUCGUCCAAGAUUUUCGCAACAGCUUCUACAAUCCCGUCUUUCCUCGAAUCAUCCGCGCCGACAUUAAUCCCCAUCGAAUCUUUAUUGACCGGGUCCAAUCUUUUGGACGACCGAGAUUCAUUCUUGGCGCAAAUAGAAUGCCAGUUCCAAUUUUGCCGCCGCAAGGACAAGCCGCCGAUCCACUGCUCAACGGUCGCCAAGUCGAAGAAACUCUGCGCCCCGUCGUCGUCCAAGAAGAAAAUUAA